GUCUUGUUAACAGCGUGAAAAAAAAUCAAUCGCUUGCUUUUUUUGUUGGUAAAUAUUAUAAUCAUACAUACGCGCACACAUCGAUUUCGAGAUUCCACAACCUGGAAAUGGCGGUGUAUUAUGUGUUUUAAUAGUUUAAGAGUACCGAAGUGGUGUAAAUCAUUGUGAAAGAUGAAAAUACCUCCUUAUUCUCGAAACUACACGGGCAUAAUUUGCUACUGUAUCAGUUGCCCUGGUGAAGAGGAAGAGAAUUCAACAUGCAGACUUAAAGAAGGAGCUCAGUGUUAUGCUGCUGUGGAAGAGGUAUUUAAUCCAGAUAUUAAUGAUUAUGAACCAGUGUAUGACGCAGGAUGUCUUGGACCCGAUGAACAAUCUACACUUCAAUGCGAGGGAGAUCGUGUUCCUUCUGAAAAUUACCGAAGUAUUAAAUGCUGUAAUUUCACUGACUUAUGUAACAAAAAUCUGCUCUCUGAGUACAAACCCAGGACUAAAAUAACACCACCGACCCUUUUGGAGGUGAAUCUUUCCACAGCUGUAAUCGCGUUCUCCAUCGUUUUUACUGUUGCUGUAAUUAUCAGUAUUAUGUUUCUGUUUUACAAGUACAGAAAGAAUAAUGGAUCUCGCAAAGGUUUAACUAAACUGAGCAAUAAAGAACCGUCAAAAUGCAAUAAUAACCUUCAUAAUUUUUCGCAUUCGUCUGGUUCUGGCGAUGGUCAAUCACUUUUGACAAGAAGAACAAUCGGGCGUGAAGUGAGAAAAGAACAAUUUCUCGGUAAAGGUAGAUUCAGCGAAAAAUGGAUCGUUAUCUGGAAAGAAGAUAGAAUAGUGAUGAAAACCUUUACAACUUGUGAAGAAGAACAGUGGGCCCGUGAAAAAUCCAUUUAUGCUACUGGACUUAAUCACGUAAAUGUUCUAGGUUUAAUUGGCUCAGAUCAUUUGAAAGAUGGAUUACGAGCUACUUUUACGUAUUACUGUCCAAAUGGAUCUCUUCACGAUUAUAUUAAAAAACAUUGCCUGAAUGAUAUGGAAUUCCUCACUUUAGCUCGAUCAGCCACAAAUGGAGUUCAAAUUUUACACAAAGAAAUUCGUGGAACUUGUACGCGACCUUCGAUCGUCCACCGUAACAUUACGUCGAAAAAUUUCUUGGUUAACGAGGCAGGAGAAUGUGUGAUUUGUGAUUUUGAAGUUGCGCUCAUGGAGAGUGAAAAAUUUGACCCCAAAAUGGAUUUGAGAGUUGGCACGCCCAGAUAUGCGGCUCCUGAAAUAGUGAACGAAACUAUUCAUUCAUUCGAAGGAUUUAAAAUGGCUGAUAUUUAUUCUUUAGGAUUGGUGCUUUGGGAAAUGUGCAGGAGAUCUGUCGCGGUUUCUCAAGAUUAUGCUCUGCCGUUCGCCGAUCUUCUUCCAAAAUAUCCUAUAAUGGAAGAUAUGAAGAAUAUUUUUGCUACAAAGAAAACUGUUCACGAAAUGCUCGGUAUACCUAUCACUUGGGAGAAAGAUAGUAUUCUCAGUACAGUGACCCUGAUUGUGAAAGAGUGCACUAAUGAAAACGCUAAAUCAAGGCCUACAUCUGUUAGGAUUUCCAAGUAUUUCUCCAGUUGGAAAACAAACGAGAAAAAAAUAUCGAUGUAUCAAUGAAUUUUGAUAUCAAAUGAUGUACCAAUUGGAUAAAAAUCAACUGUCUUUAUUAUUUCUACGUUAAACCAACAAGAAUGCUGUACAUUGAGCGAUUCAGGAUUUUUGUUGAACAUUGUUAUUUAUGGUGCCAUUCGAAAAUUCGUUGAUUUUUUUGUAUUGCUUUAAUCAAUGUUGGUUCGGAUACGUCCUUUAUUUUUAUUUUUCGCAUGUAAUGAUUUUUAUUGCAUUUACGAUUUAUUUUGCGUUCUUGAAACGUAUGUAAAUAACUUACGAACAAAACUUCGUACUCGUAAUUACAAAUAGGUUUGACUAUUGACGGGAUUUUUUCCCGGUAGAUCCGAGUUUUCACUCGUGGCUGUUUUCUCUUCUUUUUUUUACAACUUGAUGAUCGAUUUGUAAUUUUAAUGUCGAAAAGCCUCUAAAUUUUUAUACUUACUCGGUUUUUUUCUUAGAUUACGGCUGUGUGAUUUAUGUAACAUUUCAAUUAUAAAAUGUUUCAAUUUAAACAUUGCAUUCGUAUUGUUUUAACCUGAAUUUUCAAGUUGAUUUUAAUCUAUUUUUCUGCCAUGUUGCUUGAUGCAAUUGUAUAUUAAUGUAGUGAGAGGAAAUUCACUCGGCCGUAGAUAUUUAUUUUAAAUGAAAUUUUAUUUACUUAAUACAUAUCUGACAUAAUGUAUGUCGUUAGUUGGGAUUUUAAAUAUCAGUUUUUUCGAUAUUUUGUGAAAAUUUCAGUUUCCGAAAUUAACGUUACCUAAAAUGCUAUAUUUGAAUUUUUCGGUACUUCCAUGACUUCAAUUGUUAGCAAUACUAAAUAAGAAUACCUAUCAAAUAUGUUUAGUAACUUUUAAAAAUGUUCAUUGUUUUUAUUAUAUUUUUAUUUUGCGUUUUAACAUAAUCAAUAAUGAUUUUUAAUAAUUUUGUACCAUAUCAUGUAAGAUUAUCAUCAUUAAAACUGUCCGUCUCGUUGUAAAUUGUUGAACAGUAAAAAUAUAUUAAUUUAGUUUUUUAGC